CCUACUCCGUUAGCGGAAGUCUCAACAGAAGUGGUAUUAAGCUAACCACCUUUCGCUGCGUGACACAACUUUCCGCUUAUAUAUUUUUUUAUUUGUGUCGGACAAACUAUUCGUCAAAGGUCGACGCUGAGGUAAAAGUGGCUGUGAAUCUCCUGGUGUGCUCGUGGUCGGUCCAUCCAUGAAGAUGUCAUUGGUUCAACGCGUGUUCCUCUCAUGGAUCUUCAGCCUCAUCUUCCUCAUCAUGCUGGUCCUCAAACUGGACUCCAAGAUCCACUGGAACUGGUUCCUCAUAUUUCUCCCCGUCUGGACCUUCGACACCAUCCUCAUCCUCAUGCUGCUGGUGAAGCUGGCCGGCCGCUGUAAACCAGACUUCGAGCCGAGGGAGGGCGAGCAGAGCCUUGCCAGGAAGCUGUGGUACAUGGCGGCCUUGCUGCUCAAGUUGGCCUUUUGUGUCAGCCUCUGCUCCCGCCUGGAGAGGCUCACUGACGUGUGGAUAAGUGUGGUGUGUGUUCCCCUUUGGGUGCUGCUGGGUGGGGCGCUGGUUGAGCUGGGACACAGCAUCUUCCAUCACAGGAGGGACUGAACCUUUUGGAUGCUGCCGGUGGAGAUUUUUAACUAUAUAUUUUUGGAAGAUGCCAUUGUGGAGCUCAUCUGUGGACCUUCGUCUGAACUGAUAAACAGGAGGACCCAUUCACUCGUGGUCGUUAUGGUUAUUUGAUUCACCUUUCUAUUGUGUAUAUACUGUAUCACUAUCACAGUGGGUGUGGGGAAACACUGAGCACUUUGUAUUGGACUGACCAUUGAUGUCCCCCCCUCACAAAAUACACACUUUCUUUGGUAUUAGAAUAGUAUUAAAGCCACACUGAAAACAAAAAACUACAAGUCUAAAGUCUAGGAGUCAGAAGAAUGAAAUAGUACUUACCCAAAUAAUCAACAUAUUACACAAAUGUAGUUUACGCUACAAUUGCCACAAUGUUAGCUGACUAACGUUCUAUCACAAUGACAGAUUUGUCAUUUUACAAAAGUCGUAAUGCUAAAAAUCUCAAUUUAAUUCUACUAUUCUACAACAUCGGUUCUUUUAUCCACAAAAAGUAAUCCACUACUAAUAUAUAAUAUUAUGAUUUUUUAAUACUGUAUAUCAAAGAAUAUUGUGAGAAUAAAGAUAAUAUAAUUGAUUUUUAAAAGAAAAUAUAUAAAUUAAUAUUUAAUGUGUAUUCCUUGUUCUUGUAUUAUGACUUUAUUGUCCUAACAUUAUAAAUGUAAUCUCAUUUUUUUGAUGAUUUUUAAACUAUUUUAUAGACUUUAUUUUCAUAAUAUUCACACUUUAGUUUCCCUGGCAUUAAAACUUCAAAUAUAUCAUUAUGAGAAUGUGGUGUUAAUGUUUUAAACAUAUUAGUAUAUGUAUUCAGUUAUUCUUGGUUAUUCUCAUGAAUUCUUACUUUCAAUAAUGAAUUAUGAGAAUGACUCUGUGAGGAUUAAGUGACAUAGAAAAUUAAUCCCAUACUAUUUAUUCUUAUAACAUUACAGUAUUUUUUGUAACGUUACACAUUUUCUCUAAAAUUGACUUUCUAAUUUUGUUACUUUUACAACUGUCAUUGAGAUUUUUUUUUUUUGCAAUGCUUCAACUUUAUUCUCAUAACGUUACGUUUUCUUUUGACAUUUCAACUUUUACUUGAAUUUUUUCAUACUUGCCUUUUCUUGACAUUAAAGUGUGUCCUAUGUCAAAGUGGUGGAAAGACACAGGUGGUUGCUGGACCUCAUGUAGCUUGUUCACUUUAAUCACGACACUUGAAUGCAACACACCACUUGUCAACACGUUGGUUGUGCCCUACGGAGGAUCUAAAUAAGAAUUUAUUUAUUUUUACAUUAAAGUCUGCUUACACAGUUGUUUUGUCUGCACGGUGAGCAUGUCAACUUAUUUCAGCGUAGCAACCAUUCAUUUAUCAAAAUAAUCAACUGUUUUGGUAAUAGUUUUUUUUGCUAAAUAUCCUCUUAUGUGAAUAUUUUUUAAUUUCCUUAGUCAUCCAUGAUAGCAGACCAAUCUUUGUGUUCACCAAAACAAGAUAUUUACACAUAUCAGCUUCGACUUUGGUAAACGGUGAUGGGCAUUUUUGCCUCUUCUGACGUGUUGCUGACCCAACCACUAACUGUAGGUGUUUGCUACAUAUUAAUCUGUGUCCCAUUAACUGAAACAUAUUUCAGAUUAAUCGCCUAAAAAAAAUGAUCACGAUUGUAAUGUGUAAAUUAGUUUUGCCAAAGUUUUGACAACCAUUUACAUUUUUGAUCAACAUUAACAAAAUAUUCAAGCGUCAAUCUUGUUUGCACUUUUUUGCUCUGUCAGUUAAAAUCUAUUUCUGAAUAGACUCAUUUAAAAACAUUUGAACAUGUUCUUGUUCCACUUGUGGGCAUUUAGUAUGUUGUUGCUGUAUAAUCCAAUGCAAUAAUACUGCAUCAUACCAAUCUUCUCAGUUUUAGUUAGCUGUAUAAGUAGGCAAAAUAUUAGGAUCAGAUUUUAGUAUGAUGCAGAGCAGUUGUACAUGACAGUAAAUUACAAUAAGAUAGUAUUAAGGAUAAAUUAAAUAUUGACAGCCAAAAAAAACAUACAUUUUUGAACCAUUUAUUGAGGUUCCGAUCAAGAGUAUAAAUCACACUACCAAGUCUUAGCUUAGGAAAUAAAAUGUAUUUACAACAAAAUGUAUCCACAUAUGUCGUCAGCCUCAAAUAAAAACAAGACAGUAAAUGAUAUAAAUAAGUUCUAUGGAAAAUAAAACUUGUCUUACAAAAAAAUAUAUGCAAUUUCUGUAUACAUUUCCUCACAUUGGUGCUAAUAACAUCUCUUUAUGCUGUACAGUUUUGGUACAUACAGUAUCAUUUACAGCUUUGUCUGAAAACAAUGUGUUUUUGGAGUGUUUGCAACAUCAAAAAUGAUUUUAGUAGAAGAAUGGUGAUGUGUUGUAUUGUGUACAAGGAAGAAGUGUGUGUGUUUCCAGAGUGGCUCGUACCGUCAGUAGGCGCUUUCGGAGUGAAGCUAAGUAGUGCCCAGGCACUGACACGCGGGUCACAUGACAUCUUGAUAUGGCGCCUGCGUACAUUCGCUAAACAAACGUGAGAUGGAGCUACUUAGCCUACAUUCUCGGCCUACGUUGGAAUACUCGGGAGAGUUUUCCUGUUUGGAAAAAAGAAAAAAAGGAAUGCUCGUCGUUAGCAUAGCAAAGCUUGGGCAAAAAAAAAAAGACGACAUUCAUAUUAGGAAGUCUUUGUGUGUCUUUAAGGAUGUCUUGAGUGAGUGCUGUUGUGUUUGGGGAUCUUGAAGGGGCGGGGCAGCCUUUACUUUGGCUCCUUUAAAGGGAAUCAGUGUCCGGCUGUCGGCGGCCUUCACCGAGGCCGCACCCCCGUGGUGGUGGUGAUGAUGGUGAUGGUGGUGGUGAUGCGUCUUGAAGGAGAGUGCCACAGUCUGGUGGGCCUCCAUGGGCUUAAAUAGGUCAAAGGUGAUAAGUGUCCGUGGGGCCGGCUUGUGCUCGGCAGGGGCAGGGUUGGGCCGCUUCCUCUGCUCGUCCUUGCUGUCUUUUUUCCCGUCUUUCUUGACCUGAGCGUUGGCAGCGGGCUUAGGCGGUCCUGACUUGGCGUCCUCCCUGCUGAUGCACUUCAGUGGCGCCCCCAUCGCGCCACCGCCGUCCACCCUGUGGCCGCUUUUCUCUUUCUUGCCAAGCGAUGACUUGUGUUUGUCACGCAUCUCAUUGCGGUCCGGCCUGGAGUUGGAUGUUGCUGCUCCUGCCCCCCCUACCACCGCCACCCCGGCCCCGUGCUCCUUUUCCCUCUUGGAGUGGGACUUUUCAUCCCUUAGGAUUUUUCCGCCAUCAUCUUUCCUCGCCGCCAUGCCACCAUCUAUCUUUCCUUUCUCCUUAUCCCUGUCCCGCUCCUUCCCUUUGUGCUUCUUGUCCCGCUCCUUGUCUUUACUCCUGUCUUUCCUCUCCUCCUUCUCCCACCUUCCUUUGUCCUUCUUGAUGUUGCCACUGACGUCACCGUCUUUGGGACUUUUCUGUGUCAUCUUCUGCUGCCUCUCUUCCUCAUUGUUGUAGUUCUCCUUUUUGAUUGACAGAGGUGGCAAUUUUAAGAAAGCACUUUCCCCUGCAGAGUUCUCACUGCCUUUCUGUUGGCCUUCACUUUCCUCAUUCCUUUCCUCUUCCUCCUCCCGAGGCUUGGGCACCACCAUUAGUGUUUCGGUGUCUUCAUCCUUCUCCUUCUUGAUGGCCUUCAUCUCUGCUGCUGACUCUUCUUCUUUACAGGGCAGUGAUGGAGAUUGUGAGGGAAGCUCUUCUCUCCUCUCAGCCUCUUCCUCCAGCUGCUUCAUCACCGUCUGCAAGGUGUGGUCACAUUCUCUCUCGUCCUUCUCCUCCUGCUCCUCUUUGAUAUGGAGCGCGACAUCACUUGGCGCACGCUUCUCCUUUUCUUCAUCCUGCUGGUCAUGUUGGUGGUACUGUUUGAGUCGUAUAUGCCAGGCCAGACUGCAGACGGCCGACACCGUCUUGAACUGGUGCACCACUCCCCUGGGGAUGAAGUAGAUGUCAUCGUGGUAGAGCUGGAUGCGAGCGUAUCGGAUGCCUUCCCUCCUCAGCUGGUUCAGUUUGGCGUCAUCGAUCCACUGGACGCACUGGACAUGGCAAAAAAAAAAAUCCAUACAUUAAAGAAGUAACGACCACAAUGACCAGGGAGGGCCAAAGUGUCAAACUUUGUGGGAGUGAAACCCACCUGAGACAGCGGAGGUUCGUGGAGGUCCAGCUGCAGCCUCAUGACCACUUCUGGGAAAUCUCCGGCGUGAAAGCACACAACGUCUUUGGUGAUGCGUGCAGGUGUGUCGCUGCUGUAACACAAAGUCCCACUCAGUGUCUUUUACAUGACAACAGAAAUAAACAACUAGGCAGCUAUGUUUUGUAGCACAACACUACAAAACUUCCUUAUAGAGGACAGGAGAGGCCAACGGCAGAGAGUAGAGGAAGGCAUUUAUAAAAGAUAGAUCUUUAUUUGUUCUAUUGCAUUUGUCUUUGUUUCCCACCCAAAACAAUUAUUAAAAUGCUAUAUUGCAAUAUAUUAAAAGCUUGUAAAUACGCAAGUAUAUUUUCCACAAUGGUAUUUACUAUUACAAUACCAAUAAAAGUAUAUAAAAUGUAUACAUUUUCCACAAAAAUUAUGUAGAUAUUAAGUUAGCAAUAAAAUUAUAUAGAUAUCAAUAAAACCAUAAAUGUAAUUUCCACAAAGAAAUUUAAAUACUAAAAAUUCAUCUAAAUAUUCUAAUAUUUAUAUAUAAGAAACGUUAGUACAAUAAUACAAUAUCAAAAGUAAAAGGUAUAUUUUAAAAUACAGUGGAACCUCAGUUUUCUUUAUUAUAUUUGGUUAAACGAAAUCAGAAUGAAAACCACAGCAAUUUUUCCAAAAGGAAAUAAUGUAAAUCUAAUGAAUCAGUUCCAGACCAGGACACUAUUUGAUGAAACGUUAUUAAAUAGACAACUGUAUGCAAGAAAUACAUUAUUAGCAAAAAAAAAGCUGUGCUCACUCUUCUCCACAGCGUACGGCCUUCAGCACACCAACUGCCGCGGUUGUCUGUCUCUCAAAGCCCUGACCAAUGUGAUCGGCGUGAGCUCUCGUUCGGUCCUCGAACAGCAUCUCCCUCGGCUCGCUGGCUCUGGGCAGGUACUGCAGGUUCUUGAUCUCGUUUGUGGACCUGUGGUAGAAUUCUGAUCUUUGAGCUCUUGUAUGGAAUUUCGUCAAUUAGUGUAAUUGAAUGCUCAGCAAGUGAACCCACCUUUUCCUCUUGAAGGGGGAUUUAGGCAUGUCGGCCAUGGGGAUCAUCUGCUCACCAGGUCGAACCCACAUGAUGGGGCCGUCGUCGCUAUCUGUGGGGCUCUGAAGUCUCAGACUGGAGAAGGUUCCCCAUGGUAAAGUCCGCUGCAGAAACAACACGUGAGGAAUUAACUCAUUAAUUAUUGGUGUAUAUAUAUAUAGUGGUUCAUGUUCAUGGAUGGAUGUUAGUACCUCCAGAAAUGGAGAUUCCUCCAACAUGUUGAUGAACUCAGGGAAGUAGUCGCCAACCUCUUCAUCCACUGCUCCAACUAGACUGACUUGCCGCAUGGCGCCAGCCCGGUACGUUCCCUGGGAGUAUGUCCGCUUCACCUGCAGCAGAGGACAUGCCACACAUGUAAGCAGGCAGGCAGUUAUGGAAAUACAAUACAUACACAUUGUGUAUUUCUUAUUUUUCUGGUAUUUCUGUCCCACUCAAAUGUUUCAGAUCAAACAAAUUUAGAUAUUGGUCAAUAACACAACUGAACACAAAAUGCAGUUUUUAAGUGAAACAUUUUAUUAUGAAGGUAGAAGUGUGAAAAGUGAUUGUCUCCCGUACAGUGAGAGUAAACAGUAUUUGAUCCCUUGCUGAUUUUGCUAUUAAAAGACAUGAUCAUAUAUAGAGUGGCUGGCCUCACCCUAAGAGACAGGGUAAGGUCAGAGCACAGCCACUGCGCCUUCAGAGUGGAGCCAGUUGAGGUGGCUUGGGCAUCUAGUCCCCGGUGAGGUGUUGUAUGCCCACCUGGGAGGAGCCUUGUGGCAGACCUAGGACACGCUGGAGGGAUUAUGUCUCACAGCUGGCUUGGGAACGCCUUGCUGUCUUCCCGGUGGAAAUGUAAGGGGUGGCCGGGGACCAGGAAGUGUGGACUUCCCUAGUGAGUCUGCUCCCCCCCGUCACCCGGACAAGCGGAAGAAAAUCAGUGUGUGAAAGACCCAAAAAAAAAAAUCUCAAUUUAUAUUUUGCAGCCUAAUUUAACCAGAGUGUAAACAGCAAAUGUGGGGGAAAAAACUUUUUAGUGCAACAAAACAAGUAAAUGUGAUUUUAUUUUAUUUAAAGGCAUCUGACACUCAUUUGGAAAACAAUGUCAUAUCUAUCAAGUAUAUUCUACAAAUUAAUUAAGUAGAAACAUAAACAUUUAGUAUUACUUUGUCAUUCUUCAAUAAUUAGGGCGGAAUAAUACAUAAUUUUAGUAGCCAUCAUUUCACUCAUCGUAAGAUGAACACCCUGUUGUUGUCCAGGAAGAUGACUUUAACCUUCAGUUGCACAUCAGGUUAUAUAUAGCUUUUGAUGCGCUUGAGGUCCCUGGACUUCAGACCAGACUUUGGCAGGUUAAACCAGUUUUGUAAGCCUCAGAGCAUAUAGUAUUUGGUGUUGCUACUAAUUCCAUAUGUCGGAAUGCCUUUGUACUUCUGCAGAGCCGUUCUGGAUGCUGUGUCCAUCACUGAUUUGUUUGCCGUUGGAUAUAUACCUAGGGAAACCAGGCAUUUGCUGAAAGUGAUUUUGUACUAUAUGCCUCUGCUUCCAUCUUUGUAGUAGAACACAGUCCAUCCUGUUUUCACAUUCGGCUACCAGGUCUUGACAUUUCCUGGUAUAUGUGUUGGCUAGGUUUUCCUCAGAUGGGAACAACUACAGCACAACUACAAGGUUCUUAGUUGACUUUGAGUAGAUAUCAGGCAUUGAUUGACCGGUUCUGACAUUCAGAUUCUCCCUGAACCAGGAGAACUUUUAACUUUAACUGUUCGUUUGUGUUCAUCCAUUUCAACCAACGACAGUGUGACACUUGCUAGUGUAAUUGAGGACUUUGUUUAAGUUUAUGACGCGCUACGCCUGACUUUUCACCCCGUUUUUUUCUUUCAAUAAAUCAAUCAAUCAGGUAAGCAAACCAAUAAAUGACGUGGCUCUUAUGCCAGAAUUGAAGCAGCAAACAAAUGAUACUUUAUACUGUGAAUACGGUGGCAACUUCAAAUAUCCAGCGAACUAAUGCUGUGUACUUUACCUGACGUUAAUGCUAGCUUUAGCCAGGAAGUUGACCAGACCGUUGGUUACUGUAGUCACUUCAAUUGUUUAUCAUGGUGAAGUUAGUUGUUGGAUGUUGGAUAUUCAUCUCCGUCGCUGUUAAUUUCAAGUUGGCAGUUGGAUAUAUGGCUCCCUAGCAACAGUGAUAGCGCUGUUGUUGUGUAGAUCCCAGUCAUACUCGAGACAGUCAAAUUACUAUUGCAUUGAAGAGUUUUUUGAAGCGAUAGUCUAAAUCAAACCAUUGACUUCCUCCAUGCAGUUGUGUAGGAACUAACAUGGUUACGUACAUAUGGCUGUGGUAGUACUUGGUUCCUGUACGUUGUGCUGUCUACUUGUGUUCUGUGGCCAAUAGGUACAAAAGUUCAGGAUGUACAGGAGAGUGCCAUUUUGGUGGAUGCAUAGUUGGCACAGGCCUACGUUGGUCUUGCCACAUAGUUUGAAGGUGAUGGAAGCUGAUCAAGGAUGGCAUUGUUCUGGAAUGACAAAAGUUUGGUUGUCCACACAGAGAAGCCAUGAUGUGUCAGAUUACCUGACAGACUCCUCCCAUCUUAGUCAUAGUCCUUGUUUUCGCGCAGUCAUAAAGGUAGACUAGCAUGUCUUCAUUCACUUCACUGUCAAGAUUGGUGAGAGAUUUCCUGCGCUCUGACUUAGGUAAAUGAUCAGUUUCUAUUUUUUUCCUAAAUCCAAGGCCUGCUUGGUCAGUCUGACUGCCACAUUUCUUUCUUUCAACAAACAUGCAAGUCAUCUCUGGUAUUACGAUGGUUUCUGGUUUCUGGUGUCAGCUGUUUUUAGUAGGUUGGCCAUCCGUCUGAUGCAGUCAUCUUUCAAUUCUGCAGAGAACAUCUUUCCAAGGAGUCUGAUUGGCUGACUAUGGAUACAUGCAAUCUGUUGUCCAUUCAUUUUUAGAUGAUUUCUUUAUGAGCUGUAUACUGUGUCUGUGACCUUGACACCACUACUCUGCAUUGGGAGCCACUUUCUUCAUUGCUUGGGAUUAGCAUUUUGCUGGUUUUGCCUUCAUACAAAACCUGUUAGCCACAAUUCCAUAUUCAUUCUGAAAGUCUUGCCGAGUGGUUACACUUUGCUUGCCAUUCUAGUAUUUCCGAAAGGGCAUCUGUGUGUUCAACACAUCCUGGUGUAACAAUCACACAUUGUCCUAGCUACAACGCACUGUAAGCAGGCUGCGGGAGGACCAAAUAUCAGCUGGGAGAAAAAUACACAAACAUGAUAAUCCCUCCCAGACGGACGUAUUAACCCCCCACCACCCACCAACAAGAAGCGAAAUGUAACAAGACUGCUCAAACCAUGCAGCGCCAAAAGAGCCAGUUUGAAGUAAAACCCGAAGUUCUGUUCACAAACAUAAGCAUCCACUUGGUGCUGGGUAAUGAAAAAUAUAUAUUUAGGGUUCUAAUUCAUAAGUUUGUCACUGUAGAACAGGGGUGGGCAAACUACGGCCUGGCUGUUCUUUCCAAAGUAUUUAAUUUAAACUUAACAUACAACCUGGCAUCAUGGCUUCAGCCAACCUUUGGAUGGUUUAAGUAGCCGUUUUAUCAAUUUUGUUAUUUGAUGUAGUCUGUUGUUUACAAAGUGCUCCUGGGAAAAAAAGGGACACAAGCACGUAUAGCAGAUUGCAUGACACUUGUUACUGUUACGUGUAAAAUAUAUAGUCUGGCCCCCCGUCAAUUUUGUUAAAUCAAUGCAAGUCAAAAAGUUUGCCCACCCCUGCUGUAGAAUAAACACCAACAGCCAUAUAUCCCAGGUUGGGGUUAUAACGUCACUCCUUUCUCGGCCAAAUGUGCAGCACCUCGCAAGCUAUCACCCCGGGGGUUCAAAAUGAUCAUGAAAAGUGACCAAAAAUCGCAGAACCACACGGUGGGACCCAUUGAAUGACCUGCAGAGAGCUGGGACCAAAGUAACAAAGGCUACCAUCAGUAACUUAGCCACCAUGUACUCAAAUCCUACAGUGCCAGAUGUGUCCCCCUGCUUAAACCAGUACAUGUCCAGGCUCGUCUGACGUCCUGGAGUGGCCUAGCCAGUCUCCAGAUCUCAACCCCAUAGAAACUCUUAGGAGGGAGUUGAAAGUGUUGCCCAGCGAUAGCGCCAAAACAUCACUGCUCUAGAGGAGAUCUGCAUAGAGGAAUGGGGAAAAAUGUGUAAGUGUGUAAAAAAAAAAAAAAAAAAAACGUGUGAAGACUUACAUAAAACCUUUGACUUUUGUCAUUAUAACAAAGUAUUGAGAUUAAGUUUUAUUAUUGACCAAAUACUUAUUUUGCACUAUAAUUUGCAAAUACAUUUCUUUACAAAUCAGUGAUUUUCUGGAUAUUUUUUCCCCUAAUUUUGUCUCUCAUAGUGGAGGUAUACCUGUGAUGAGAGUGGGGACCGCUGUCAUCUAUUAAGUGGGAGAACGUGCACAAUUGGUGUCUGGCUAAAUACUUUUGCACCACUGUGUAUAUGUUAUACACAGUACAUAAUAAAUACAGAGAGAUGAUAUACUGUAUGAUAUAAACAACCUGCAAAAGUUAUUACACAUGACAUAUUACACAAAGUUUUCUUCUAGCUGAGUAUCAGAUAUGUGCUUAUACAUCACUGCUCAAUUAUGGAACUAUAUGGCUAAGUUAUUUUUAUAUGCUGCAACUUAAAUGAUGAAUGAGAAAUGAUACCAGCUCCAAUUCAUUACUUAUAUAUGGUGGAGAUAGUGACUUCCUAAAAAGAGAAGACACAACCUCUCUCUCUCACUCUCUUCAGCCACACAUGCACACAUUUCCAGCUGAACAUUUUUAUAGCCUAAGCUUGCAUUCAAACUGCAGUGAGUGUUUGAGGACCAAGCAGGAGGAGGGGGGUAAAACUGCUGACACAUGUUGAGGCGAGGGGGCGGGAGGUGAAGAAACAACAUUUCAGAAUGCUGCUAAAGCUGGAACUGAUGAUGAGAAUGAUGCGAGAAUGAAGUAACCUGCAGUAUUUAACUGAGGAAGAAAAUGCAACAAUGCUAUGAAGCAGGAUAAACACUAAUCAGACACUUCAUUUAAGUGUACUAGAGAGAUUAAACGGGACAAGACAAUUUCUCGCUCCGAAUAAACCUGUCUCACAAUAAUAAAAUGAAUCACUUGAUAAAUGAUGCCCUCUUUCGUUUUGCCAGCCUCCAUACACUGCCUUGGACACGAGUCUGUUUUCAACGUCUCUCGCCUUGAACACACUGGUAGUCCCGCAAAGCACAUUACACAUUAUUGAUGCUAAAAUGCUAAAGCGACUUACCAUUGAGAGAUGUCUUGAAGUAACCUUGUCUUGAGACACUUCGGGCUGUACACAUCGGAUUCGGGAUCUAACAUGGCUGUAUGUUAAAUGCGGACAUUUUAAAAAGAUAAAUCGCCAUUUAUCAACUCCUCUAAAGUUAACGGCGCAAACAGUGCAAUAUUAAGGGUUGUAAAUGCAAUAUACUAAGUUCUAUGUGAAGUAUUUCCAUGAUGCCUCAUAUUAACUCACUUUAACUCAAAAUCUCAGUGUAUAGACUGGUCAUAUAUCUCAUCUCUCAUCUGCAUACUGUAUUUGUAUAUACAGUGAAGAAAAUAAGUAU